CUCGAAAGGGGUCACACGAGGAAAACAAGGAAUUUUGUUCGGUUUGCUCUAACUUCAAGUGCUUCCGCAAAGCAUCCUUGACCAUCUCACUGCAUACUUCUACGUCGUACGUACUACCUAUGCAAUACCAACGCACUUUCCUACCAACGAGAGACGUUAGAUCCUCGUGUUUCACAGGAAUUGUACAGAUUUCCAUCGUGGUGCCAAGCCACAGUGGGGAAAGUCCCCUCCCAAUCAUCCAUCAACAUCCCUGUUCCAUGACAUUACGAUCUUGGCCCUGCCAGCAAUAACUACCUAAGGUAGGUGCAUAUGUAUUAGCUAAACCUCCUAAACUUCACAUAUGCAUUCACCUCGCAAAGUCUCACGAGACAAGGCCGAGAAAGCCAGCUUUCUUCUAAGCUUUCUUCCCACUUCACCAUGGUCGUAGCAACGACUAGUUAAUAAAAAAGACAUAAAAAAAUUAAUAUAAAUUAGCUUCUAGUAUCAAUAAUCCAGCAAUAUUCCUAGCCGAGUAAGGACGUGUACGAAAAGCCAAAUUCCGUAGCAAUUCCAAAAGACCAACGCACAUUCGAAUACAACAAUCGUCGGGCUUCGUAGCCCUUGAAGACGGAGCAAUAUGUCAAGAUGGUCGGGCCAGCCCUCUAUCAAGGGCAGCACUGAAGCAGUGCGAAUGGCCCUGCUGACGCUCAACACCAUCGGUAUUACGUUCGUUUGGGGUGUAGAGCAGACAUAUUGUACCCCUUACCUUCUUUCCCUCGGAUUGACGAAAAGCAAAACGUCCUUGGUCUGGAUCGCCGGGCCGCUCUCUGGACUCAUCGUGCAGCCGAUAGUCGGUGCGUUAGCGGACGAAUCGACAUCGAAAUGGGGUCGACGCAGGCCGUUCAUAAUAAUUGGUUCUAUACUCUCGUCUCUAUGUCUCCUCACUUUGGGUUUCACAAAGGAGAUAGUAGGGUACUUCAUCCCCGACGAAAAGGUGGCGCAAACCUUCACAAUAUCCGCCGCUGUGUUGUCGAUAUAUGCCGUUGACUUUUCAAUCAAUGCUGUGAUGUCAGCAGCAAGGAGUCUCGUCGUUGACACUCUUCCGAUCGAAAAACAACAAACAGGAUCUGCUUGGGGUAGCCGGAUGUCAGCCAUUGGCCAUGGAAUUGCUUAUGCAACUGGGGCCAUUGAUUUACCCUCUCUCCUUGGAACGUCUCUAGGAGAUACUCAGUUCAAGCAGCUGACCGUCAUUGCUGCGUUUGGUCUUGUUUUCACUUGUGGAGUCACCGCGUGGGCCGUGACAGAGAGAAUCCUGAUCGCCCCGAAGCAUGACGCUCGUAAGGAUGCUGGGGGGUUCAAGGUCGUCAGCCAAAUUUGGUCGACUAUCGUAAAUCUACCACCUCGCAUACGAGCAAUCUGUAUGGCACAAUUUUGGGCCUGGAUUGGGUGGUUUCCUUUCCUCUUCUACAGCACGACAUGGAUAGGCGAAACGUACUUUCGAUACGAUUCACCUCAUGACGCAAAGGACUCGGGAGACGCACUCGGAGAGAUAGGUAGAGUCGGAAGUGAAGCUUUCAUCAUCUAUUCCUUCAUUACCUUUUUCGGGUCGUGGAUCCUACCCAUGGUCAUUAGGUCGCCGGAUGAUGAGAGUUAUACCCGACGCCCUCCUCAGAGUCUCCAGGGGGUCUUGGAAAAGUUUAACAAGUACAAGCCUGACCUUCUGACUGCGUGGAUGUGCGCCCAUGCAACCUUUGCAGGAGCAAUGCUCUUCGCGCCGUUCGCCCAUAGCUUCAGGUUUGCGACGUUACUCGUUUGCCUGUGCGGACUACCUUGGAAUAUAGCAUCGUGGGCACCUUCGGCUUUUCUCGGAGUCGAGGUUAAUAAAUUGAGUGGUGCUACUGGUUCUAACGCUUCGUAUCGUCGCCUGUCGCACGACUCGAACGUAGAGUUAGAAGAGUUAAAUACCCCUGCUAGUCCAUCAGUUCUCGAUCCAGAAGGUUUGCACGCAACUUCAAAAUCAGGUUCGUCUGGACAGUUGUCCGGUGUGUACUUCGGCAUCCUGAACAUCUAUACGACGAUCCCACAGUUUAUCGGUACUAUUCUCAGCACCGUCAUCUUCAGCAUUCUCGAACCAGGCAAGAGUCCCGAGUUAGCGCACAACGCACACCCCGAUGAGAAACAUAGUACCGAUGGGCCAAACGCCAUUUCCGUAUGUCUAUUUAUUGGGGCUUGCAGUGCAAUGGUGGCUGUAUUCGCCACUAGAAAACUUAAGUAUUUAUAAUAGCGCAUGUCUUAAUACGAGGUCGUUAGAAAAACCAUACGGGUGUUGAGGUGCAAAAUUCAUCUUGCAUUAGAAUUUAUAAAAGGGGAUAAAGGGUGUGUUCAAUGCUGUAGACUGAGAUGGGCGAGGCGUUUGGGAAGCUUCAAGUUCAGUGCUUAAGGCUUUUAGAGUGUGGCGAUAUAGAAUUGACUUAGAUUUCGGGUAUUAUAUCGUCGUGGGAAUAUUCGUUACGAGGCGCCUAUUGGAGGAGAUGUGUUGCUUAAAAACCGAAAAGGAUAUAUUAACACUUUAAUGGAUUGACUAAAUGAAUUAACUUAAGGCGAGCGUUUCUUAAUGUGUUAGAUAGAGGUACUCGAUUCACAUAUUGGAAAAGGUAUAGAAGGUUUCCCGACAA